GAGCGCGGCGGCGGCGGUUCCCAUGGAGAUGGAAGAUGGCGCCAAGGGGCCGCCAUCGCUCUUCGGCUCCGCUGCAGGUCCUGCUCUUCCUCAACGGCUGGUACUGCGCCACAUAUUUUCUUCUGGAAGCGUUCGUGUUCGUGUACAAAGUGCUCCUCCUGCCCUAUCCCGUCUCCAACUUGGUGCUGGACAUAGUGCUGCUCCUCCUCUACCUCGGCAUUGAGGCCACACGCAUCUUCUUCGGCUCCAAGGGGAACCUGUGCCAGCGGAAGGUGCCGCUGUCUCUCAGCCUGGCACUUACAGUGCCGGCAGCUGUGCUGGCCGUGUACUACCUGCUGCUCCAGACAUAUUCCCUGCGCCUGGAAGCGUUCCUGAGUGCCAUCCUGCUCCUUUUCUACGGCCUGGAGCUGCUCCUGGGCUUCCUGGCGCUGCUCUCCUUCUCCAGGUGCCGCAUCCUUGGAACUGGGGGACCCAGCACAGGAGCUGCCAGAAACCUGCUGCCACAGGGAUUCAGGCUUCCCUUUUCCCACUUCCCACUUCACUCACUACUCCCUGGACACAUCCCUCCCACCUUUCCCACUCUACACUCCACUUGGACUCCUCAGAGCUUGAGCCAGCUCAAGAGUCUGGGAAUGUGGGUCCCCCCAGGAAUGCUCAGGUGCUUCCAGCACCUCAAAGCUGGUUUGGGAAGCACAGGAGCCCAUUGGAGGAGGAAGAGGGUGAGGGAUAACAGGUGCAGAGCCCUCCCCAAAUCCCUCCCAUUCCCUCAUUAUCCCAAAUCCCACUGUAGGAAGGCAACAGGAGCACUGUAUAAAAGACUGACAACGUCAUCCGAGUUUAUUACACAAUUCCAACCUAUCCAAAGACAAAUCUAA